AUGUUAACCGUCCAGUGCUACGAGUCCUACCAUAUCCUUGCUAGCCGGCUACCCCCCUAUAUCGCUCUCCGUGGCCUCCUUUUCCUUUUAGAAGACUCUCAUCAUAGUUUUAAAAGUCUUUCUUGCGACACAUAUACCAACCCCAAAGCAACCGUCAUGGCGCCACCUCUGUUAAACAAGAUAUGCCUCAUCACCGGUAGAGGCGGCAGUAUGGGACGUGGAGCAGCCCUCAAGUUUGCCCAGGAAGGCGCUAAAAUAGUCGGGUGUGAUAUUAACCCCGUGACCGAAUCAGCAACCACUGAAGCCUUACGAGAGCUAGGUGGUGAAAUGAUAUCCAUAUCCCCAUGCGAUCUCACAAAACGUGAAAAUUGCGAGCAACUUGUCAACCUCGCCAUCAAAACCUAUGGACGCAUCGAUGCCUUGUACAAUAAUGCAGGAAUGGCCCACAUGAGCUGGCUCGAUGACUGCAAGGAUGACAACUGGUACAAAGCAAUUGACCAGGAGUUAAGCCUCGUCUACCUGCUGACCCAGGUCGCAUGGCCACAUCCGAAGGAGUCCGGUGCAUCCGUCAUCAACGUUGGUUCUGCCAAUGGCUGGAUUGCAAUUCGCCCAGUGCCUGAUAUUGCCCACACAGCUGCGAAAGGUGGUGUUAUUGCCAUGACACGCCAGUUGGCCAUGGAGGGGCGUGCACAUGGUAUCCGAGCCAAUUCAAUCUCACUAGGUCUUAUCCAACCUCUGCGAACUGCACGUUUGCUUGAGGAUCCGGAGUUGGCCUCAGAUGUGAUGCAGAAGAUCAUGAUUGGCCGCAUCGGUCAGCUAGAGGAGAUUGCGGCUAUGGCUAGCUUUCUUGCUUCAGAUGAGAGCUCCUAUAUCACUGCUGUAGAUAUUCGAGUUGAUGGUGGUAUGACAGCCUUGUAA